CGGCGGCGGCUGCGGCGGCGGCGGCGGCGGCAAGCGAGAAGGGGACAGGGAGAGAUAGCGUGAGGUGCGGAGAGCGGCUGAGAGACCUGAGGGGGAGCUGGGCCCGAGGCCGCCGCCGCCGCCAUGCAGGAAAUCAUCGCCAGCGUGGAUCACAUCAAGUUCGACUUGGAGAUCGCCGUGGAGCAGCAGCUCGGGGCGCAGCCGCUGCCCUUCCCCGGCAUGGAUAAGUCGGGGGCUGCUGUCUGUGAAUUCUUUUUGAAAGCUGCCUGUGGCAAAGGGGGCAUGUGCCCAUUCCGCCACAUCAGUGGUGAGAAGACAGUUGUGUGCAAACACUGGCUGAGAGGACUGUGCAAGAAAGGGGACCAGUGUGAGUUCUUGCAUGAAUAUGACAUGACCAAGAUGCCUGAGUGCUACUUUUACUCCAAGUUCGGGGAAUGCAGCAAUAAGGAGUGCCCCUUCCUGCACAUCGAUCCUGAAUCCAAGAUCAAGGACUGCCCUUGGUAUGACCGCGGCUUCUGUAAGCAUGGUCCCCUGUGUAGGCAUCGGCACACCCGGAGAGUCAUUUGUGUGAACUAUCUUGUUGGAUUCUGCCCUGAGGGACCAUCAUGUAAAUUCAUGCACCCUCGAUUUGAACUGCCCAUGGGGACCACUGAGCAACCCCCACUACCGCAGCAGACACAGCCUCCAACAAAGCAAAGUAACAAUCCGCCAUUACAAAGGUCGUCCUCCUUGAUCCAGUUAACGAGUCAGAACUCUUCUCCCAACCAGCAGAGAGCCCCGCAGGUCAUUGGGGUCAUGCAGAGUCAAAACAGCAGUGCGGGCAACCGGGGACCCCGGCCGCUGGAGCAAGUCACUUGCUACAAGUGUGGUGAGAAAGGACACUACGCCAACAGAUGCACCAAAGGGCAUUUGGCCUUUCUCAGUGGACAGUGACAGCAGCAGCAGCAGCAGCUGGAAUCACUGUGGAGCAGCCUGAGGGGCCUGCUGAUGGGAGCACGCACUUAGCUGCUGACUGUAGGACUGGCAGGACUCGGACUGGAGCUGCAGGCAUACCAGUCAGGGCUCAUUUUGAGGGGCCAUGUCUGUCCUUUCAUUUUGCUAUAAUUUUUUUUUUUUUUUUUUAAAAAGAAGGACCAUGUGCUUCAGUUGGGUCCCCUGAGCCAGAGUUUGCCUGGACAUCAGUGCCUCGUUUUUUUAUUUUUUUAUUUUUUGGACUCCCUGUACACUGUCCUGUUGGGGAGAGAGAAGCUGGGAAGGGCUAUGCUUCGUCCUGGGUGGAAGACAGCUGGCAGUUCCCCUCAGGGCCUCAUUUAAACACCAGCACCUAAAGAGGACGGGUGGAUCAUGUGGGGCUGUGGCCAGGUCAGCCUGCUUUCUCCAUGUCCUGCUGACAUCUGAAACUGUGCCUAUGAAUGUGAUUUGAACACAGGAGCCCCUUCCUGACAAACCUGGAGCACCCACUGCCUGGCCUGGCCCUCACUGUGGGAGGGGCGCCAGGCUCCCCAGGCUGAGCUGCUUGUCUGGGCUUGCUUGUGGAGCACCCGUCAGACAGUGCUUCAAGUGCACCUUUAGCCAGUGCUGCAGACCACCCUGAAAUAGCUGACCCAGUUGGUCUGCGCCUACCUCCUGCCAAGCAAGCUCUGUGCUGUCACUCAGACACCUGUGGCAUGCAGAGGCCGCCCAUCCUUGAGCCUAGAAAAUGUGAAUCCAUCACCUGCAACCUGCUGGGCAAGUGGGCCUAUCCAAGUUCGGUUAUAAGAAUACUUUCUAUGAGGUUAAUUAAAAAGCUUGUUUUUUA